AUGCCUUAUGACAAAGGACAACAUUUUUGCGAAUAUUUCAUUGACAGUUCAUUGGUUGAUGUGUUGAACGAAAGAGAGAAUAAGCUCAUUAGUAAUCUUACGUCAUCGAAAGCUUGGCUAAGAUUUAGACGAUGUCAUAACAAGAGGUUCUUUUGGACAAAUUCUCAGCCUGCAAAUUUUACAGCCUGGGAGAGUGGUCAGCCUGAUAACAAGGGUACAGAUGAACAGUGUGUAUUUAUGUCAAGAAAUGGAACUUGGUCGGACGGAAUUUGCUUGGAAAGGAAAGCGUUUGUGUGCCAGAAAU